AUGGCUGGACCACAGUAUGACGACUUCGAUUCUGCUCCGAAACAAAGCCCAACACCAUCACAAGAUCAACCUUUAGACCGGCCUGGAGAACAGGUACAACCGUUGUCAGCUCACGAUACAUCAUCUCUUCCAGCCAAAGAUCAUAUACAGAAUGCCAGACUCAACCUUCGCCUCUUGUCCAUCUGUGUUGACGCUCUUCUUCUUAUAAUUAUCUCUUUAUUGGCAUCUAGUUCUAGUGAUGGAACAAUCUCCAUCAUAUUCUUCGGGGUUGUCACUACCCUUGCUCUGAUAUGGAACUUUGCGGACUCUAUUCACCUCUGGACCAGAAGAUACCACAGCUUUAGCCCCUCCAUACGAUUCUGCAUCGACCUUCCAUUAGCCGUUCUGUUUGCAAUCCUGUCACUCCUCAGCGGCUAUUUCGGUCCUGCGGAUCACCCAGUUUCCGGCUCGGCCCCAAGCACAGACGAGUCGCAUCUUGGGAGACGAGCCCUUGGAUGUUUCGGCAUCACCAAAGCUCUCGUUCAAUUGAUCCUAGUUUUCGUGGCUUACUACGAGAGAGCACAAGCAAAGCCAUCCACAUCACGAAGCAACUAUGCGAGGAAUGAGGCGGAUAUACCCAGAGAUGAGGAAGAAGGAUUGUUAUUUAGCGAAGAUUCUGUCUCGAACAGAUAG